CCUUUAACACCUUUAACAAUGCAUAGUCCUCAACACACACUUCCCAUUUCUCCAACUGCUAUCAUGUCUCAACAACAAAAUUGUACAUCCACAUCACGGGCACAGCAAUCCUCACAACGGAUUUUGCCAAAACAGUCAGGGCCAUCUACCUCCGUCUUUCCAAUACCUUUAAACCCAUCCUCAGGAAAUUCGAUACAGAGUGGAACUCGACCAACAAUGCAACAUCAUACUUCAGUUAUUCAUCCCCUUGUACCGCAUCAUAAUCAUCGUUCCGCAUCCUCAGAUAAACCGCUAACUACAGCCGAUCAACGUGAAUUAGCACGUAAGGUUUCUCACUCGGCUAUCGAAAGGAGACGUCGAGAACGUAUCAAUGACAAGAUAAUGCAAUUAAAAGAAUUGAUUCCAAGCUGUGCUGACCAAGAUCAUUUACAUAAGUUAAGCAUCUUACAAAGCGCCAUCGAAUAUAUUCAAUACUUGCAAGGUAUAAUCGCUGAUUCCAGGCAGAGGGAAAGAGAUGGAAAGGAUGAUGAUAGACAAUCUGAUGAAGGUAGAUUUGUUAAACGUUCUAAAUUUGACCGUUACGACAUUCUGCCGCCAAGUUCAAAAAAAUUGGAUUCUUUGGAUGAUCACGAAGAGUAUAAGCACAAAAAAAGUCGUGUCAAUUCCACCUCCUCAGACCGAGUGUCGACUAGUAAAGAUGUCACGAGUACCGAAAAAGUGGAAGAGUCCAAGUGUGAUAGUGAUAGCGUCACCUCAAGUACAACCACGGCGUCACCAUCACCUAUAUCGCAUGAUCAAGAGGACGCAAAAGCUUUGUUAAUGCUAUCAAGCUCAAAAUCAUCGACCAAAGAGACUAGCAAAAAAAUAAUCACCAAAGAUUCUGAAACACAAACAUCACC